UUUACAGACAUGAACGACAACAAAAAUUUUCAGACAAUAACUCAAGUUGUGGUCUUAAUGCUGUUAUUUGCAGGCGAAGCCUCGGCAUCUUUCAAGCAUUGCUUCCCCGGUUGCGCUAUCAGUUGCCUCUUCGGCGGCCACAAACUGUUUUGUGUAGUCAAAUGCUUCGCCAAGUGCCUCACUGGCGAGGGCUUUUCGUCUGGGUUCGACUAUUGCAAGCUCGGCUGCGCAGUUGAUCAAUGCACUCCUUUUGCCGAUGAUUUUAAGAUGGAAGAUGUUGAGAAAGUGAAUAGGUGUGUUAAUGAGUGUGAAAUUGGAGAAUGUGGCCUCUUGCCCCAACAAAUGGCUUCAAGCUCAUCACCACCAAGAUGAUGGAGUUUCUGCCCAAAUUUGAUCAUUACAUCCAUGCUUGAUAAGAUCUACAACAAAGGAAAUAAUUUGGAAAAAUAAAUUUACAUAUUGCUGUGG